AUGUCCAUGUCCUUGGAAGAGGCCGGAAGGGUACGAGAGGGGUUCCCUCGCCCUUUCCCAGAUACGCCCAGCAAUGUCUUGGAGCAGCUUCAGCUGCGUGGCAAGGUCAUUGUCGUCAACGGGGCUGCGGAUGGCAUCGGUCUUGCUGUAGCAACGGCCAUGGCCGAGGCUCACGGAAACGUUGCGCUGUGGUACAAUUCCAACAACGCAGCAAUUGCAAAUGCGGAGGCGCUGGCUCAAACCCACGGUGUGAAGACACGAGCUUACAAGGUGGAGGUUUCCGACCCGGAGAAAGUGCAACAGGCCAUCGCCCAAGUUGUCAAGGACUUUGGACAAAUAGAUGUCUUUGUCGCCAACGCCGGAAUGGCCAUCUCGAAACCCAUUCUAGAGCAGACUCUCGAUGAGUACGACAAACAGAUGUCCGUCAACGUCAACGGCGUGGUGUAUUGCGCCAAAUAUGUUGGCGAGGUCUUCAAGCGCCAGGGAAAAGGGAACCUCAUCAUCACCUCCAGCAUGAGCGCCCGCAUCGUCAAUGUGCCAGUAGACCAACCCGUGUACAACGGCACAAAGGCAUUCGUCACCCAGUUUGGAAAGUCCUUGGCCCAUGAAUGGAAGGACUUCGCCAGGGUCAAUAUCGUUUCCCCGGGAUUCUUCGACACGAAAAUGGGUGCAGCUCCGAGUGUCGUCAAUGAGGCGUACCGCAUGACGCCGCUUGGAAGACAGGGACACACCAAGGAGAUCAAGGGAUUGUAUCUGUACUUGGCCAGUGAUGCUUCCUCGUAUAUGACGGGGAGUGAUGUCUUGAUCGACGGCGGCUAUGUUCUUCCAUGA